AUGCUAUAUUUAGAGGACUUCCUCGAAAUGAUCGAGCAGCUGCCGAUGGACCUUCGCGAAAGGUUUACGGAAAUGCGAGAAAUGGACUUGCAAGUUCAAAACGCGGCGGAUAACUUAGACGAGCGGGUGAAGAACUUCUUCGUCAACGGAAAGAAAAUGAAAACCGAACAGCGAGACCAGGAAUACGAGAAAAUACGAAAAGAUUAUUACAAAGCAUUAGAAGAUGCGGACGAAAAAGUACAGAUCGCUAACCAAAUAUAUGAUUUGGUUGAUCGUCAUCUACGUAAAUUAGACCAUGAACUGAACAAGUUCAAAAUGGAACUGGAAGCAGAUAAUGCUGGUAUAACAGAAGUUCUUGAAAGAAGAUCACUUGAACUUGAUACACAGUCUCAACACAAUCACUUGCAGCGAGGAGAAAAGCGGAAAUACACGUCGCUAGAAAACCACGUUGAUAAGAAAGUUGCCUCUGAAAAGUUACAGACUAGAAAUAUGCUUCAUGAAGCUGUCCCAGAGUCUGCAACAGGCUAUCGAAGUAACAGCUCAACACCCCCAGCAACGUCUGCUGCAUCUACAGCAGUAGACAGUGGUGCUGGUACCACACAGUCAUCAUUACUUUCCUAUAGACUUGGACAGAUGAGUACAGGAACUAAUGCUAUUGCAUUGGCGGCAGCCCAGGCUGUGUCUAAUACACUACAGAUGCAACAAGGAAGAAGAACAGCUAGUAUACGAGCCACAUAUGAUGCACUCAAGAGUGGUGCAGAUCUAACGCAAAUGUCAGGUUAUACUGGUCUAUAUAAUAAUGCCACAUCAACUAGCUCAGGGGAACAAAAAACUGCUGAUACUACAAGGACACAGAGAAGUAAAAAACAAAAUACAAGAAACUCUUCAACAUGUCGAGCAGAACCAGUGCCAGAGGUUGUACCGCAGGAACCUGUGCCUGAACCUGUGGUUGCAGAGGCAGAUUGGACAUAUGAUCCCAAUGAGCCAAGAUACUGUAUAUGCAACCAAGUUUCUUAUGGUGAAAUGGUUGGUUGUGAUAAUGACGAUUGUCCAAUUGAAUGGUUCCAUUAUGGCUGUGUGGGUCUUACAGAAGCCCCUAAAGGUAAAUGGUAUUGUCCACAGUGUACAGCUGCUAUGAAAAGAAGAGGAAGAAAACUGUGA